AUGAUGAUGCCCCCAACCUUCGUCCUUCUUCCAUACCUUACAUCCCGCCAGGUCUUCCCUCCAACAGGCGGUAGGUCUGGUACGGAGGAUAGUUCUGACGCUGAUACUGGGUUCACUUUUACGAUGUUUCGAGUAGCCCUAGGUGUGGUUGCUUUUUUGUCUUUCCUGUUCCUAAUACGAUUAUACGUCAUCUACCGUCGUCGAAGGGCCAACAUGCUCCACCCCGUUGCCACUCCAGUAGCUAGUCCUUCGACUACUAAUGACCAGCAGCUCCCACCCCCGUCACAUAUUGGAACCUCUGGGCGACCCCAUGUUAUCUCCGUCCCGACUCGCGCUGUGUAUAUUAGCGGAAGAAACAUGCAUUUGCCUAAUGCCAUCCCAGAUGCUCCGGGUUGGUCUCAAAUAUAUCCUCAACACGUUGUUGGCGCACGCUCACGUGUCGUUACAACUGAGGAGACACGCUCUACUCCUCGAUUCAAUCCGGAAGACCUAGUCAGCAUGGAAGUCUCAGAUAGGGACAAGGGAAAUCCAUGUCCCAUCUGCCUUGGCGCUCUUGAGGAAGAACCCGUCAGUACCGGCCAAUGCCUCCAUCUCAUGCAUUCAUCUUGUCUGAAAAGCUGGCUGGCCAAGGAUACCAAGAGUGCAUGUCCGGUUUGUCGCGUCAGUUAUGUCCAAAACGCCGCGAACCAACUCGAUGCUGCACUCGAAGAUGCGGAUAGUCGCACCAAUUCUCAGACUACGCAACAUCAAUCAAUCUCAGUAACAGCUUCUCGACACCGCUUAGCCACCCGGUGACGACCACAUUACGGUUGCAUCUUGAGAUCCACAUCGGACUAUCAUCGCGAGCAAGCGACGUAGGACCCUGUUCCGAAACUUUUUUUGCCGCGAUCGCUGAACCACCAAAUGUGGACGAACUUUUCAGCCUGAAGGGGCGAAGAGAGAGCCAUCUUCUUCAAUACAUCGUGGCAAAUACUCAAUGAUAUCCCUAUACUCCUUGAGAUCACCUGGGUGCGGAGAAGCCAGCAGAAUUGCUUGCUUCCGUCUUGGGCUUCCCAUGUGCGUCUCAGUCACGGUGUGGCAUCAAGGCAUCGUUCAUCGGCAGCAUAUAAUUUUUCGCGCCAUGCUUAAGACUUUCCACUCAAUUGGCCAGAUGACGACCAUCGCCUGCCAUUGAAGGAUGCAGCAUUGCUUCAUGCCGACAAGGAAUUUAUAUACACAAGUCCCUCAUUACUCGUGUGCACUUUCUAAAGCAAAACUGCCUAUAUAAAUUAUUGGUAAUAUUAGGCCUCGUGUUCGACCAUGCUGACCGUUGCUUGAUUAGGGGGACGACAGAGCAGCUGUUCCAACGCAGUUCCAACGCAACCCAUCCUACUCGAGAAUCAGAAAAAAGUAAUGCGCUUGGAGAUGCGAUCAUUUUGCUAUCACUGAAGGACCAAGUCGACACGCACGGUUGCUCCCUUUAGACCUGCAGGCGAGACAAGGCUGUGAAUGUGUGCACAUUGGCACUACUGCCAUUCCAAAGCCUUGUCACAUUCCUAUCGUGUCCAGCCGGCCAGCAGAUUCUUCAACACACAGUUCCGCUCAAUUUUCACUAGCUUGAGGGGCUUUUGCCAAAUUGAGUUGUCGUCGAUGUGCUUGAACAAGUUGGAAAGAAGACGUAUCGAUAACCUUAUUCAGUAGUUGAAUAAGGCCUUCCGGUCCAAGUGCUCCUUUGUUGUUGAGUUCUAAUUUGCAAUAUAAAACAGCGGUUGAAU